AUGACCGAUUUGAAUGUAGAUUUUCAAGCUAUUGCAAAUACUAUUAUGCCAAAUAUUGAUUAUGAAAUUGAGGAUUUUCAAUAUUAUACGUGGCGAAUCACAGGUUGGAAAGAAUUAGAAAAAAGGAUAACAAGUCCCGAGUUUGAUGCUGGAAAUUGGAAAUGGCGAAUUUUACUUUUUCCUGUUGGAAACAAUAAUACAGAUUGUGUUUCAAUUUAUUUGGAUUUUGCUGAUUUAGAAGAAGUAUCUGAUGAUUGGUAUUGCUGUGUACAAUUUGCUUUAUUCUUAUGGAAUCCAUAUGAUCCAUCAUUAUUUGUUUCUCAUCAUGCACAUCAUCGAUUUACUACUAAAGAAUCAGAUUGGGGAUUUACGCGAUUUUAUGAUCUGCGUAAGUUGUUUGUCCCAACGGCUAAUAAUGCUCGUUCACUAAUAGAACAUGAUGCCUGUAAUAUUACGGCCCUUGUUCGCAUUAUAAAGGAUCCAACUGGUGUCCUAUGGCGUGACCUUACAAAUUAUGAUUCAAAAAAAGAAACAGGAUAUGUUGGUCUAAAAGAUCAGGAUGCAAUAAAUUAUUUAAAUGCUGAAUUACAAUUAUUAUAUAGUAUAAAAUAUUUUCGUAAGGCAAUAUAUCAAAUUCUCACAGAAGAUGAUGAACCAAAUAAAAGUAUUCCUUUGGCUAUGCAAAGGAUUUUUUAUCAAUUACAAGUAUCAGAUACACCAGUUGAAACAACUGAAUUAACGAAAUCUAUUGGGUUGGAUUCGUUAGAUGGUUAUAUGCAAUAUGAUAUACAGGAAUUUGAUAGAAUGUUACUAGAUUGUUUAGAAAAUAAAAUGAAGAAUACAUAUGCAGAUGGUGCUAUUUCCAAACUGUUUUCAGGAGAGAUGAAGAAUUAUGUUAGAUGUGUUAACGUAGAUUAUGAGAGCUCUUGCAUUGAGGAUUACUAUGAUAUUCAAAUUAAAGUUAAAGGGUGCAAAACUUUAAAUGAUUCUUUUCAAGAAUAUAUUCGUGAAGAAUUUUGUGUAGGAAAUAAUAAAUACCAAACUGAAACAUACGGUUUACAAGAUGCAAAGAAAGGAGUAAUUUUUGAAAGUUUUCCAUCUAUAAAUGGUCGUCACGAAUAUCCUAUGGAAAUUGAUUUACAGGAAUAUUUAUCAUUAGAUAGUGAUAAGUCAAAACCGCAUAAUUAUUUACUUCAUGGAAAGGAAUGGCAGAUGUUUGAUGAUGAUACAAUUACACCAGUAACAGAUAAAGAAGUACUUGAAAAUAAUUACGGAGGCAAUGAUCAUACUGUAGCCGGUUAUAUGACUGCAUAUAGUUUGAUAUAUAUCCGUGAAUCUGAUAUCGACUUUGUAUUAUCUCCUAUACUUGCUGAGGAUAUACCAGAACACCUGAAAAGUCGCUUAAAUGAAGAGAAAACUUUACAUGAACAGAAAAAAAAAGAAUCGGAAGUGCGUCAUUUAUAUUUGCCUAUUAAGGUUAUUACUCCAGAAAUCUUUGAGUCUCAUCAAGGGUUUGAUCUCGCAAAUAUUGAAGAUCGGCAAUAUCCAAUAUCUGAAGUUCAGCAGUUUAAUGUUUUAAAAAGUGAAACGUAUAGAACUUUUAAAACUAUGGUCGCUAAAAAAAUCAGGAUUCCAGUCGAGCAAAUAAGAUUUUGGAUUCUUGUUAGUCGUCAAAAUAAAACUCUCAGGCCAGAUACUCCAUUAACAGAGAGUUUUCUUGGCAUGACUAUGGAAGAAAUUCAUACAAAAUUUGCACCAAGACAACUUGAUCUGAAAUUGUUUUUGGAGGUGGCUGAUAAACAAAUUAACGGCGAAACAUGGUUUCCGACCAUAGUAAAUGAUCCUCAUAUAUUAGUUUUCAUCAAGUACUUUGAUACGGAUAGACAAUCUCUAAAAGGAUUUUGUUAUUUAUAUGUUCGAAAGUUUGGUAAAGUUGGUGAUAUCAUUCCAAUUCUUUGUGAAAAAAAGCACUUUCCACCAGGCACAUCACUGAAUAUAUACGAAGAGAUAAAACCAAAUAUGAUUGAAAGUAUGAAGCCUAAAUUAACUUUUCAGCAAUCUGAGAUACAAGAUGGUGAUGUAAUUUGCUUUCAAAAAGCUUUAACAGAACAUGAAAUACAACAUACAGCUGCUGAUGUUAUUUGUGACAUUCCUAAAUUUUAUGAUUCAUUAUUGAUGUGUGUUGUUGUACGAUUUAAGCCAAAAUAUAAAGACCGUGAACCAAAAUCUGAAUUUGAGUUAACAUUAAAUAAAAGAAAUACAUAUGAUGAAGUCGCUAAAAGCGUUGCUGCUUUUUUAAUCACGGAUCCUUUGAAAGUACAGUUUGGAACGGCACAUCCAACGACCGGUGCAUAUAAAGCUGCUAUAAUUAAAAGUGCAGCCAACCAAACGUUGUUAGAGAUGCUUCAAACAGCAUAUCUACCUAGCUUACUAAAUCUUUUAUAUUAUGAGAUACUUGACAUUAAUACUGCUGAAUUAGAAACCAAUAUGUUCUUCAAAGUAUAUUGGCUCGGGACCUCUAUUAUGAAAGAGGAAGUGAUUACAGUUCUUCUUCCAAAGACUGCAGUAAUUAAUGAAAUUUUAAAAGUAAUUGUACAAAAACUAUCAUUACCAAUACCUACAAGUAGCAUUAGAUUGUAUGAUGCCUUACAUUUCAAAAUUCAAAAUGAAUAUGAUAUUGAUGAUCCAAUAGAUAUAAUACAAGAACAAGUGACGUUAUACGCAGAGGAAAUACCACAAGAUGAAAUUGAACUGGGUGCUGAUGAUAAAAUUAUUCAUGUGUUUCAUUUUACUAAAGAGCCGUUAUGUGCGCAUGGAAUUCCAUUUAAAUUUGUUCUUAAAGCCGAUGAACCCUUCUCUAAGGCAAAGCUGCGACUUCAGUUACGCUUAGGAAUGAGUGAUAAAGAUUUUUCAAAAGUGAAAAUUGCAAUUGUACAAGCGGAAUCUUAUACUGAUCAUGAAUAUAUAGAUGAUGAUGACCUUGUUCUAUCGAAGUACGAGUUUGAUGAUGAUCAGUUUCUAGGUCUUGACUAUCUGGAAACGAAAACAGAACGUGCAGGAAUGGUAGGGAGCGAAAAAGCGAUAUUUAUUAGAGAAUAA